CUGAGCCGCGCAGGCUUCCGUAGCGGUGUGAGCUGCCGGACGGUGACGCAGAGGCGCUGAACGGGCAGAACAUUUCUACUGUUAAGAUGGCGACAUCGGAGCCGAAAGCAGCUGAUACUGAAGAUCAACAAACUGAAAGCCAAGUCGUUGCAAAUCCUGAGCAGUACAUCAAACACCCUUUGCAAAACAGAUGGGCCCUGUGGUAUUUCAAAAAUGAUAAGAGCAAAAGCUGGACAGAGAACCUGCGUCUGAUUUCCAAAUUUGACACAGUGGAAGACUUUUGGGCGUUAUACAACCAUAUACAGCAACCAAGCAAACUUGGGUUUGGUUGUGAUUAUUGCUUAUUUAAGGAUGGGAUCAAACCGAUGUGGGAAGACGACAGGAACAAGCUGGGAGGUCGAUGGCUGAUGACGCUCACCAAACAACAGAGACACAAUGACCUUGACCGUUACUGGAUGGAGACGCUUUUGUGUUUAGUCGGCGAGUCCUUCGACGAGGCCAGUGAAGACGUGUGCGGAGCCGUGGUCAACGUCAGACCUAAAGGUGACAAAAUAGCCAUCUGGACGAGCAACUGCCAAAACAGGGAAGCCAUCAUGACGAUAGGUCAACUUUACAAAGAGCGUCUGAACAUCCCCAUCAAAGCCAUGAUUGGCUACCAGUCACACGACGACACAUCCAGCAAGAGCGGCUCCACCACCAAGAACAUGUACUCCGUUUGAACCAGUUCUCAUUUCAACUCGCUGUAGAUUUAAACAAUUACCAGGCCGCAUCACAUUGAUUUUUUUUUUUUUUUUUUUUUUUUUUUUUGAGUUGUCAGCUACUGUAGUGUCCUUCCCUUUUUAUUGAAAAGAGGAUAUUGUAUACAGGUGGAGCUCCCCACUACAUGAAAAAUGACAUGUAUUAAAAUAAAUGGGGACAAGGCAAGAAAGAGAAGCUUUCAGAUGUAAGUAAGAGAACACGCUUUUUUUUUUUUUUUUUUUUUUUUUUAGAUUUGAAGAGUUCUGUGAUUAUUAUCUGCCCCUAGUGUAGCUACGAAGGAGCUUUAUUUCAAUACUUAUGGCUUGGAGUUGCAAAAAGGAAAAAAAGUUACUUAACUAUAAAGUCUUGUGUUUUCUCACUCCUUAGAAAAAGUGUCUCACCUCACAGGAAAAGACAGCAAGGAACUUAUCCUGUCACAGAACAAAUUUUUAGGGCAAUUUUAACUCUUAAGACGUAUCCAGAAGUGUUAAGCAUGAGUUGGGCUUUGAGAUGCACCAGCUUUGAAGACUCUACAGUAUGUUAAAGGUUUGUAAAAGCUGUGGUCACACUCCAAAGUAUACGAUUUGGAUUUAAGGCCACUUAUUGUUUCAGCCAUGCUGGAAUUGUGGAAUAUUGCUUGUAGUAUUUUUUGAACUUUUUCCCCCUUCUUCCUUUUACAUUUAUUUAUAAUGUAUGCAUUGCAGUUGAACUACUUAGUUAAAAGACAACCACAAAAGUCAUGUUUUUCAAAUCCUUUUUUUUUUUUUUUCCUUCUUUUGUUAUUGAAGUUAACAAUGUGGACUACUGCAUAUAGGACAUUUUUUACAGUGUACCAUACAGUAAAGAUGCUGACAGAACUAGGUGUGCUUUUCACUGUUUUCUUCCUAACAAAAACUGUAGAUAUGUCGCACUGCUCUUCGGGUUGAUGCGAAAGAAAGAUGAUAUUCAUUGUGAAAUGAUUUUGCUCAUAAUGUAUCUUUAUUAUCUGUAAUUCCAGGAUGUAUAUUACCUUCUUUCAAGUAAAGGUUAAGUGCUUUGCAUUAAAA